CUUACAUCAACUGCGGCUCCCCUAAAUGUAUCUCUCUCCCUCUCGCUCUUACUUGAAUUGUUAUCAUCUCUUCUGUGAAUUAUUUAGAUCUAGUAUUGAUCAUCGAUGCUUGAUGCUUCUACUACGCAUCUACACAAUUGCUUCUCUUAAAAGUUAUUAAUAACUUACCAUGGCGUCGUUUACAGAAUUACCCACCGAGAUCAUCUUCGAAGUCAUAGAUCAGCUCUUCGACAUCUUAGACGUUGUUGCGCUAUCUUCAACAAAUCGCCGCCUUCACUCUAUUGUAACAGAGAACAAUGAAAUAGUUAGAAGGUUCGAUAAGGCCUCUCUCGAUGAGAAUCUACUCUUAGCUACAUUCUUAGGUCAAAUAAAUGUGGUCAAACUCCUCCUAGGCCAUGGCGUCAACCCGAACCAGUAUCAUACCGGUCGUAUAGAUAGGUCUGUCAGAUUCCAAUACUAUACGUCUGAUAGUGGCUUGGAGAUUCCAGAUCGAUAUACUGCUCUGGCCCACGAAGCUCUCAUCUCGGAGCGCCUCAUCGACUAGAGCUAGAUGGUCCGGGAAUGGGAUGAUGUUUGGUAUGCAACUCCACUGCACCUGGCGGCGUAUAGAGGGCACGAUGAUAUUGUGGCACUUCUAAUUAAGAGAGGAUCAAGACUCAGCUUAAACUCCAUUGGUGUCUAUGGGUGUAAACCCUCUUUGUAUCUGUUUUGUACUCCGUUACAUCUCGCAAUUUAUGCGAUGAAUUUAUCCACCGCAAAGCUAAUACUCAGUCACGGUAUUCAAACGCCUAUGAACCCAAUAGAACGACGUUUAUACCUAUCAAAUAAGACAGUUGGGUAUGUUCGUUGGUUUAUACGAUAUAUAUUCGGUACGGAAGUGACGAAAGAAACCAAGUGGACUUGUGACAAAUGGCUUGCCGUAAAAGCACUGAGUGUUAACGGGCCCGACACCCAGAGGUUUUUGGAAGGUUGCCAUCAUAUCUGCCUUUCUCGAAAUUGCGGGUUGGUGUCAUAUGCCAUUGAUGUGCAGAUGGCCUGGAGCGAAAUCGGCAUGAAUAGACCGCUUAUUCAUCUCUGUCUUCAAGACCCGUCAGCAAAAAUACCUAUAUGGCGUGCUGGAGUUAACUUGGAAGUACCCGAAGUACAUCUUCCUAAGUAUGCCCUACCUUGGUUCGAAUAUCUCCUUAACCACGGAGCCAAUGUCGAGGCUAGGAAUUUUUUUGACACCGAUGCCACGGCUCUCAUGAUCGCGGCGCUUAAUAGUAUUGAGCCGGCUAUGGACUUGCUGAUACAACAUGGUGCGGAUGUCAAUGCGAGCGAUGAAGCAGGCUUUACUGCCCUACAUGCAGCUUGCACAAGUUCUAAGCGGGCAGAUAUUAUUUCAAAACUCAUCGCAAACGGGGCACAAGUAAACGCUACUAAUUCCACGGGCGAUUCGCCCCUUAUUUUUAUAUGCCGCACGGUCGCCAAAAAGAAUCACAAUAAAUUUCUGGAAGUAAUCGAACUUCUUCUGACCCACGGAGCCAAUCCAAUGCUUAGAACCGAGAUAAUUAUGGAUCAGUCUGCUCUGGAAAUCGCAUUUCGCAAUGGAUUCCUUGAUGCUGUGAAAUUGAUAAUUUCAAUAUUCAAACCAAACCCUACUCCAGACCAGAUUCGGCCUUUAUUUGAAGAUGUGAUCGGGACGUGUGACCUCUCUCGAAUAAGGCUACUUCUGAUGAUUGACAAGCAGAACUUCAUUCUCCGAAGUAACUCUGCUCUCAUUAAGCUCAUAAAAAGCAACAAGCGGACAACUCAGGUAGCAAUGCUUCUGCUUGAAAAGGGCGCCCCGUGCGAUAGAAAGCUAGUCUUUUGGAUUGUUUCUUACCAGAAAGGUAAUGACUUGUUACGAAAAGUCCUGGAAUGUGGUACCAGUCCUAACGUCGUCGUCGGACAUAAAAGGCGAUGUCCACUUCUCAAAGCACUAAAGAUCAAAGAUGUUUUGACAAGGAGAGCGUAUGUGAAGUCAUUGAUGGAACACGGAGCUGAUAUCAACAUGAAUCUUCAUCCCACUAACAUCGAGCCAAUCUACGUACAUAUUAUUUCGCCCGCUUUUCUCCCGUAUACCGAAACCGCUUUGGACCUUCUAUUCUGCCCUGAUUCCUUUCAGCAGAUACCCGAAUCCCAACAAUUUGCUUUCGUGGUCUUAACUUGUCGCUUAACACAUGUAAAGAUUCUACAGAGAUUACUUGAAUUUACAACUGGGUCUAUGAUUCAGAGGUUCGUUCAACGGUUUAUAGAAAGAUUUACGGCUACACCCUUUAUCACUCGACUAUUGGACAUCACCCGUUACUCUCUAGCGGUCCAAAAGAAGCUCACGGUAGAGUACAUGGAUCUCGCCAUAGACAUACUGGAUGUGUUUGCCCGGUACCACUCGUUCUGGAGCUCCCAACCUUCUCCUGGGUCAGCACGGGCUAUAGAUACUUUGAAGAGCCUUAUGGCUGUGACGCGCAAAUUUACACCGGUGCAAAAGGGUUCCUCCUUCUGCUUGAGGAAAAGAAUCCGAAUCGUCGACUCUAGUGCUGAAAGUCCCCAGGUUUUAAUCCUUCCACGAGAAGAUUCAAACGAGUAUCCUCAAGGUUACAUCACUAUUCCCGACUUAGGGUUGACAUUACGUCCGACGUUGGAUGGGCGAUGGAAAAGCUCCGGUUCAUAGCCCAUUUUACUGCAACAGUAAUUAUUGUCGGGUAGCCUCAUAUAGGUUUCGAGUAAUAAUAUAUAUUGAUACACCCCCG